AUGACGCUGACCGAGAAGCAAAUCAACACUAUCGCAGAUUGUCCCUUCAAUGGCUCGCUCACGCGAUUUUCACAAACGCUAAGCCACUUGGAAGGAUCUAAUGAAGCCUGGCGCACUGACGUUGCCACUGUCCUGCCAGUUUUGAUUGCCUCGCCUACCGCGUACAACCUUGCUUCGCCAGACGAAGGAGUCAAUGUGGCCAUCAAACUACUCUCUAUACUUCAGCAUGUACGAGGAGGCCUACUCAAGUUCGAUCAUUUCCGCCCACUUAUCAACGCCGUCGCCACGGACUCCCCCGACACCGACGUUUGGGCCGCGUCUUAA